AUGGGAAAUGACGGUGGGUCAAUUUCCAGAGUCAAGGCGUUGCAGAUAGCCAAGGCAGAUUCUCACGACAAAUUACAAAACUCUGAGUCUCAAAGAUUCGACACGGCAUCUAAGUGGAGCGUUUGCAGGCUGACCAGCCUGCCACUGCAGCUACCACUCGUGAGCGACUACCAGGGAAAUAUUUUCAAUAAGGAAUCGGUUUUGGAGUGGCUUUUGACACCCGACAGAGAAGACUAUACUGCAGAUCAGAUUAGACUCUUUGCCCACAUUAAGUCGUUGAAAGACGUGGUAGAGCUGCACAACAUGAUACCAGAGGCACCGGACGGUGGGAAAGCCGCUUUGCGGUGCGAUGUAGGCGACGAGAUAUGGGGCAAGAGCUCUGGGAGUUUCGCAUAUGUAACAGAUUGUGGGCAUGUUCUACCUCUGCGCAUGCUGCGACAGGACUGUCCUGUCUGUAACGUGAAGUGCAGCGACUCAAACAUAAUUGUUCUCAACCCUAAGCCCGACCAGCUAUCGACCUUAGAAAGUCGCAUGCGCGAAUUGAGGCAGAAGGGUCUCACGCACAGCGGUAAGCCGUUGAAAACGAAGAAGAGGCGAGCAAAGAAGGGCGAAAAUGAAGUGCACAUCGUGAAACGGCGAGCAACCUGA